GGGAUUCAAACCUGGCAGCCUUCAGGUCAGCAACCCAACCUUCAAGCCACAAAGCUUUUAUCCCCUAGGCCAUCGGAGCCAAUUGGCUGAGCCUGUAAGAGACCUGGGGACUGAUUUGAUACUGUUUCUGUUCUGCUGUUGUAGAACCUGUUUGAACAAGUUUUCAGUGCUGACUGAGUACUGCUGGCGAAAGGAAGCAAUGUACUCAGAGAGGCCUUGCUAUUUUGAGGCCUGAUUGCUGCUGAGAAAGGAGAAGAACCAGGACUGUAUUCUUCUCUGAAGCAGACGUAUGGACUGAGAAAGGAUUAUUUAUAACUGUAGACUUCUGUAAGUGAUCAGAGGGACCAUUGUGAAUACUACUGUUUUGAUUUCUUGGAAUCAGUAAAGUUCCUGUAUUUUUGUUCUGCAAACCUGAGUGGCAUGUUAUUGUUCUGCGGGUGACUCUGGAUCGUGGGCACACUUAAGAGCUUCCAUUCAUCAUCAUACCCAGGUAUUGGGUAUUCACCAUGAGAGAGGGUGGAAUUGAGUUGCCUGUACAAGACUGCAGCUUCCACUCAGUAUUACUUAUUCAUUAUUACACUUUUUUGGUUUACUGGGUUUUUUUAGAAGCAUAAACAAUAAUCAGAUCUCUGAUGUUUCUAGGUUGUGAGAGUUUUUGUUUACUUUUUAUAUUUAUAUAUUGCCUUGCUGCCAAACAACACAGGGAAACUCAGUUCUUUUAAUUUACAUAUUUUCAAAACCUUCUUCUGUUUACCCUUCUUGCCAGAUAACUAAGCAAAGUGGCUGGCAAUACAAAGUACUGAAAAUAAAAUAGAUGUGCAAUAAAAACAACCAAAAAAUAGACCAAUAAAAGCAGGAGGAAUUAAAAAACAGAAAAAAAAGAAUCUGAACUGCCAAGGAAAGCAAAAUCAAAGAGGAAACACAGAUGCCAGAUUUAUCUAACAACAGAUCUGUCAGGUGAAUCCCAAGGUAGGAUAUAGUUUGCCAAACUACAGCUCCCAUGAUUCCAUAGUACUGAGCCAUGGCACUUAGAAAGUGGUGUCAAACUGCAUUAAUUCCACAGUGUAGGUACACACUCACUCUCUGCCUAACACACAACACAUACAAGGCAAUGGACUAACAUGGUGACACUAGUCAUAAAGCCCCUGGUCAUGAUUGGCUAGGAAGUGCUGAUUUCAUACUGAGUCCAGGCAGCAUUGGUGAUGUCACAAACAGCCUCAGCAACAGCAAGGAGGAGCAGUUAAAGUCCAGAGCUUGGCUUGGUGAACAGGCCAGGCAGAGGACUGAAAAAUAGGUCCUUGGUUUGAGAGAAAGGAUCUCAACAUCCAAGCAAAAGUGACUGAAAACAAGAAACGCUACAGUGAGAUUUUUCGUAGUCUAGAUGCCCUGGAAAUUUCAAUUGGAAAUGCGGCUGUUGAUAUGUUCAUCGAUGAUGUUAAUGACAAUGGUACACAGGUGUCAAAUCCACAGGAGGAAAAUCUCCAGCAAGAAAUAUUCCAUAUUUGUGAAAAAAAUGUGGAGGAAGGAGAACCAACAAACAUGUCAGUGGAAGAGGCCGAUGAGAUGCUGAUCAAGUGCGAUGGCGGUGUGGAAGAAGCCCUGGGGUAUGCCAAAAUGUGGUGCAAAUACGUCAAGGAGUUGUUGAACUGGGUAGACAAACGCCUUGCUUAUGAGGUUGAAUUUGCAAAGAACAUCCUCAAGAUCGCUGAAGCUGGCCGAAAUACAAUUUUUCCUCAGCACUACAUGCCGUUGCAGACUCUGUACACCAAGGUCAUGGAGCAUGACAUAAGGGCAGGAAAUGUAGCCCUUGAGACAGCUUCGGUUUUGCAUCUGAAAGAAUAUUAUGAGCCCCUUUGGGCCAAGAGGAAUGAAAUUGAGAAAUGGCGGAAGGAAUUCAAAGACCAGUGGCAAAAGGAGCAGAAAAGAAUGAACGAUUCCUUGUCCUCCAUGCGCAAGUCCCGCCUCCAUUACCUCCAGCGUUGUGAGGAUCUGGAGAAGGCCAAAGUGCUGAGCGCCAAGGCAGAAGAGGAAUGCCAGGGCACAGCAAGCAGUGGCAACAAACAGCUGGAGAAACGGCGCCGCUACCGAGAUGAAGCACAAGUAAAGGUCCAGGAAUCAGAAGUCGUCUACAGGGGAUGCGUCUUUGAUGCCAACAACCGCCGUCAGCGGCUGGAGAAAGCGAGAGAGAGAAUUAUCUCUCACAUCCGCAAACUGAUGUACCAGGGAGAUGAGGUGCUGACACGGGUGACACUGAGGAUGUUCAAGCUCCAGCAGGUCCAAGCAGAACGAAUCCCUGUUGGAUACCAGAACCUGACUGAGUUCUGCAAGCCUUACAAGGUUGGGGAGAAAUAUCUGGAAUUCAUUCAGAAGCUGCAGAGGAAAGAGCUACCAGUGGAGAUCUACGAAUUUGAAGAAUUUAUACCUUCAGGGCAAAGGUCACCUACCAAUGCUAAAAGAAAGAAUGCUGCUCAGUAUAUGCGUAUCUCAUCCUCUACUGUUGACCUCAACAGCUCCUUAGAAGACGCUUCUGGAAAGCCAUCUUCCUCCAGUAGUGAGCAAAGUGCCAACAAAUCCUUCUACAGUGACACAGAAAGCCUGGGAGGGAGCACUGAAUGCCAGUUCUUGGAUUCGUUCAGUUCCAGUCCAGGCCACCAGAAGUUGCUGAAAGCUCCAUCCACUGGCACCGUGUCCUCCUCAGAGGACUGUGAAGACAGGGAUCUGAUACAAGCCUAUGACAAUGAUCUCAGUGAUGUAUCGGAAAAUGGCUUGCCCCAUGGCCUGCUUAAGAACAUAAAGCUGUCAAGUGCUGCUCAGACUCACCGGCUGCGGAAGCUGCGGGGCCCUUCAAAAUGCAGGGAGUGUGAGAACUUCAUUGUCAGUGGCCUUGAAUGCGAAGAGUGCUUGCUGGCUUGUCACAAGAAAUGUCUUGAGAAUCUUCUCAUCAACUGUGGCCACCAGAAACUGCCGGCACGGGCGUCACUGUUUGGGAUUGACUUCAUUCAAGUGCCACGAGAUUUCUCAGAGGAGGUUCCAUUCAUUGUGGUGAAGUGUACCUCAGAGAUUGAAGCUCGUGCUCUGGGAGUGCAGGGAAUUUACCGUAUUAGUGGAUCCAAGGCUCGUGUGGAGAGAUUAUGCCAGGCCUUUGAGAAUGGACGGGGUCUGGUGGAACUCUCAGAUCAUUCGCCUCAUGACAUCACUGGAGUCCUGAAACAUUUCCUUAAGGAGCUUACAAGCCCUGUGCUCCCAUUCAAGCUUUAUGAUGCUUUCAUCACUCUGUCAAGAAGUUUGCAAAGAACUGAAGACAGAUCAGGGGAUGAUUCUGAGUCAUCAGCUAAUCCCAUCAAAAGCACAAAGGACUUACUAAGCAAAUUGCCCGCAACAAAUUACAACACCUUACGGCACCUCAUUGCUCACCUCUACAGAGUGGCUGAAAGAAAUGAAGAGAACAAGAUGUCUCCCAACAAUCUAGGGAUCAUCUUUGGCCCAACACUAAUCCGCCCUCCUUUUAGCAAUGAUGUUUCCAUGUCAUGUCUGGUGGACUCAGUCUAUCAGUCCCAGCUGGUUGAGUUUCUCAUCCUCAACUAUGAAAGGAUCUUUGGUAUGGAUGACUUGCCUUCGACAGGACUUUGUGAACGUGAAAACUCACUGAAAGAAGGAAAUGCCAAUGAUACCCUUUCAAGCAGUGAAAGAGAUCUUGAUGUCUCUUUUGAGAAAAAUUCUUCCAAGUCGUGUCUGGAUGAAGAAGAAGAUGUGGCUGAAGAUUGUUCUAACACUGCGGACAGGCAGGGGAAAAACAAGGAGGAAACACACUGCUCUGAAAAUAGAGACACCGUAGAGGUAAACAGCAGAGACAGCACUGAACCAAAGGAUUCUCUUCUUGACCCAGAUCCUGAGAUUGGCCCGCAGUCCAGGGGCCGCUUCAGCCGGGUGCCUGUGAAACAUCCUCGUGCCAUCAUCCCCAAGGCAGCCACCUUGCCCCUGCCCACCGCUUCCCUCUCUAGCUCAGAAGCAGGAGGGGCAAGCAGACGCAGUGCCUCACCUGACCCCCGUGGGAAAUGCAAGCGCUUUGAGAUCACCCCAGAGACUGCCAGGAUCGUCUCCAAGCUCCAGCCUCUUCGGAGUAGUCCAGACUGCUAUCCAGCUGAGCUGGGGAACUCACUGCAAGGCAAGCUGGGGGAUUCACUUGUAGGAAGCCAGGCUGAAUUUUGAGUAGUGAGUCCUUCCAUUUUUGGAAGCAAACUGUGGACUAGAGAGAUAGAAACAUCCCAAUUCCUGGAGACAGUUUGGAAUAGCAAGCUCAUCAUUCUGCAAAAACAGGAUACAGGAGUCCACAUCUCUCUACGGGCCAGACAAUUACACUUGCAAAUUUGAGGAGAAUUAGCCCCGGGUGCAUCUUGCAUGUCUUCCAAGAGAGAAGGCAGAACAAUUCUUCCUCCAGGUUUAACUGCUGCAUGUCGGCUGGCUGAAUUUGCAGAGCUAUCCCUAAUGAAGUGAAUGAACCAGUGUUGAAAUGGUGGGACCCUAUAAACUCCAAACCCAAUGAUCCAGGUUGAUGCUUCUGGGACUCUCUUUCCAAGGGACUGAUGAGGUAGCUCAGCACUCCUGUUAGGAUGGAAGAUUGCUGAUGGGAAAGGAACAGAAAUCACAUAAAAGGGGUGAUGUGCCAAUGAUGCUGUUAGCAAGAUAUGACUAUUUUUUCUAAGACCUAUGUUGAUACAAGACAUUCGAGGUGGGGUGGGGCUGCUGGGAUCAGGGAGUUAACUAUUCAUGUAGGACAUGAUGAUUCAUAUGCAUUUUUCAAGCUGGGCUUGGUGUGUUUAGAAAGGAUGGUGUGGCUGUGUUGCUGGGAGUACACAAACUUGAUUGUAUGUAUCCUGCAUUUAGAAAUAUCAAUUGACUUUAUCACACGAGGCUGUUUAAUUGCAGUUACAACAGGAUAGUAGCAUGUUUGGCAUGUUCUUAUCAGAUUAUGUUGUGCCUCUCCUGUUGCUCUUUGCAUUUCAAUCAAUAGUGGAGCAUCAGUUUUCACUGAUGGGGCAAACCCAUCAAUAACUCCCAAUAUCCCGCAUUUUCCAAUACCAUCCCUUCUGCUACAGUUGUGAUAUUCCAACAGUCACAUGGCAUGAGUGGACAUGAUUCUCCUCCUCUUCCCCUCUUCUUCUCACUAUUCCCAAGCAGGGUAAGAUUGCUUUUCCUAUUUUAUAAUUUAAAAAAAACUUAUAAUCAGUAAUUGCACAAUUGCAGAAAAAAAAAUUAAAAUUGAAAGUUGCAUAUGCACUGGUAGGGUUCACAGGGGCAGGAAGAUAGGGCAUCCAGGGGCAGGUGACAAACAUUGCGAAAGGAACACCAUAGCAUGAUCACAGAAGGGUGUGAUAGUGAUUGUUUCAUUAUGCUUCUGAUUGCUUCAAGAAAACAAUUGCUGUGAUACAUCAGGCUUGUGUGAUAAAGUCAAAUGUGUCAAGAAAGGUGGAUCCUUUGCAUUGUAUAUUCUGUGCAAAACAAACAUAUUUUCAGAUCUCUUUUCCUUUUCUGAACUUGUUGUUAUUGUCCAUCAUUUGUUCUACUCAGGCUAUUCACUAUGAAAAAAUAAGCUUUAGAUACAAAUCCAACCCCACUUGAAUCCCUGAAAGUCUUAUUACCAUACUUUUGGGGCAUUGUGAAUUUUAAUAAUGUUGUCAAAGGCUUUUAUGGCCGGAAUCACUGGGAUGCUGUGAGUUUUCAAGGCUGCAUGGUCAUGUUCCUGAAGCAUUGGCAGGCAUCCUCAGAGGUUGUAAGGUCUGCUCACAACCUCUGAGGAUACCUGCCAUAGAUGUGGGUGAAACGUCAGAAGAAAAUGCUUCUGGAACAUGGCCAUACACAGCAACUCGCAGCAACCCAGAUUUUAACAGUUCUUAACAGUCACUUUUAGACAAAUAUAGCAACUGUGACAAUUAGAAGAAAAAAUUAUGGAGAAAGGCAAGCGAACAAUCUUGUAAGAAAGUUAAAUACUAUAUCUUCAACCAGAAAUUUUUUUCUUUUUGUGAGGGUGGUGGUGUGGAGGGAGGAAGGAAUCUAUUCUUGCAUGAAAUUGCAAACUGCACACAAUACUGAUGAAUAGCAGUUCCCUGCUAAAACUUCUUUCUGUUGUGACUUGGGAGGAAAUUGUCCCUGGGCAAAGAUGAAAGGAAACAGUUUGGGAAAAUGCCUGGCUUCAGAGUCAAAUCAAGAUGCGACGGCACUGCUAAGAUGUUACAAUGUCUGGAUGUGCUAAUUUAUUUGGAGGCUGUGCAUUCAGCUUUUGCUCUUUCAAAUGCAAUGAAUAGGAAGUAUAUGUAUGGAUACUACUUUGAUCUAGGAAAUGACAUCUAACACAUUUUUAUGUUUUGUGUGCAUCAAUUUCACUGUGUGCUGGUGGUACCCUUGGAAAUGUACAUUUUCUCUGUCUUUUUUCAGCCAGCCAUGGCUUCUCCCACCACUCCCCUCUGGUCUUAUCAUUCUCCUCCCUUAAUCUGUGAUGCAGCAUUUAGUGAGUCAUGCUCAAGUUAAGGACUCUGGUGAACAGAUCUCAUAAAGGGGCAGAUUGAUGGAAUCAUGGAUUAUUUCAAGAGGAGAUUUAAAGAUAUGGAAUGGGCACAAAGCACAAAUUCCAUUGGGUAAAUACCACCUGCCACAGAUAAGCCUGCCUUGGAGUUAUACCUGGAAUGGGGAGUAAGGGGGUCUCACCCCCUGCCCCAGGAGCCCUCGGUGGCCUAGGGGAUAAAAGCCUUGUGACUUGAAGGUUGGGUUGCUGACCUGAAGGCUGCCAGGUUCGAAUCCCACCCGGGGAGAGCGCGGAUGAGCUCCCUCUAUCAGCUCCAGCUCCAUGCAGGGACAUGAGAGAAGCCUCCCACAAGGAUGGUAAAACAUCAAAAACAUCUGGGCGUCCCCUGGGCAACGUCCUUGCAGACGGCCAAUUCUCUCACUCCAGAAGCAACUCAGGUUGCUCAUGACAUGAAAAAAAAAAAACCAUGCCCCAGACUAGGUUGCAAUGGGGUUGAGCACCUGAAAUGACCUUGUAACAACAUGGGGCCAUUAAAUGCUGCAGAAUUCAGAGAGGCGCGAAUGGAGGGCUUAAGGGAGAAACAUGCCAAGAAGGCAUUUCAAGCCACCUCUGACCAGGGCCACCUUCCACCUGGAAACCGAUGCCCUCACUGUGGAAGAAUAUGUGGGUCAAGGAUAGGGCCCCACAGCCACCUACCUAGCACCAGGACACUACACCUGGAAGAUGAUCACACUCGGACAAUGAGGGAUUGCCUAAGUGAAAGCGAUUACAUGUUCAAUUGCUAACAAAUAAUAUGACAGCUGUUGUCAUUGAGUCUUUCCAAGAAAAUAUCCUGCACAUUCUUACUUCAGUAUAAGCUCCAUUGAAGACAUGGAGGGAAUUUUCUGUGUAUACACUGUGCUUGUCAGACUCUUCAUGUUUACAGAUGCAUGAAUGGUACCAGAUGGGAAUAGUCACUUGCCUUCCUCCUGCAAAUAAAUAAAAUUAAUAACAAUGCCCACACCCCAGUUUUGAAAAUAAUUAUGGCUCCCUACCCCAAUGGUUGGCAGUCCACUUCUGGUUUUGAAAGACAGGCAUUACCAAAAGGUAGGUUAAGUGCUCCUGGAAGCUCCCAGGAGACAAUGUGCAUCCUGUUUUUCGUUUCUUUCCUGACCAUAGAAAGAGUGAUUAGGAUGGGCAAGUCAUGAAUUGUAAUAACAGUAUCUUGGGGCCAAACAUGAGCAUCGUGCUGCCAUCUCCCCAUCCCUACUUUAUGAACACCUACUAAGAGUUGCAAUAUCUUAUAUGCUUCCAUGUACUAAGGGACAUUUGUGCUUUCAUAAUGUAAAGAGGCUCCUGCUACAUAUUUCCUAAACAGAAAUGCUGUCAGGGUGGAAAAUCCAGUCUAAGUGAAGUAGCUCUCACUCAAAUGUUGAUGGAAAUAUUAUAGAUUAUUCUGAUACAGUCUUCUGACUGUUGGAGGAUAUGGCAUCUCAUUGCAUGUCAUAAGUCGACAAGUAAUAAAUACUAUGGCAUUGGUGAAUUCCUCAGUAUCUUGGCCAACAACAUGGUUUCCAUAAUUUAUUGUUUGGCCACCAUAUACAUGCCUCUCGGGGCUAUAGAGGAGCCUUCUCAGACCUGACAUUAUGCAGAUGUGUUACACCUCAACUCCCAUCAUUGCAGUCAACAUGGCUGUACUUACUUGGGAGGAUGGAUCUUGUAGUCUAACACAUCUGGAGAGCAUCAGGUUGGGGAAUAUGGCUGAAGAAUCCAUUCUUGAACGGGAACUGGUGCAGAUUCAGAGGACUUUUGAAAAUGAAGGGGAGGGUACAUCCAAGUAUUUUCCUUUCUUCCAGAAUCUCCCUAACCAUCUCCACAUUCCACACUCAUUGGCUCCUUGUCAAGGCAAAAGAUCAGUAGAAAUUCCUUCCAAGAGCAAUGGUACAAUAAAUGAAUUUACAGAAAGAAUCAGGGGUAGAGGAAGCCCAGUGAACUCAGCCUUUUGUCCCCGAUCCCUCUAACAGAAGAACAUGUGUUUAAUAUUGAUAUUUUGCUUACGAUUAAAUUAUGAUUUUGUCA